GUCCAGCUGCACUUGAGAAUAACUUAGACAAUAGAAAGAAACCUUGCCAUCAAUUUGACCAACAACUAAUCUGCCUACUCCCAUGAGUUCAGUGUGUAGACACCACAUGACACAUUCACCACAACAACAGAUAAGUGACAAGUGACUGACAAUGACAAUGUUGACUUUGAACAGACCUCUCAUGUUGGAGUAAUUACCAGAAAUGAAACUAAUUUUUCCUAGGAGUCUACAAACCAGUUGAGUGCAUAUUUGUAAAGGGCAGGUUCACUGCAAUUAAAGAAAAGUAUUUCAGUUGUUCAGUUGUUCAGCAGCAUUUCAUCCACCUUGAAGUAGCUCUAAUUAAAAUAGUUAGUUGUGAGUUCUGUGGACCGCUCAGAUGGUCAAGGACACUCAAUUUGGAAAGAAAUGUCUUUUUAUUUUUUUUUCCAAGUGAAAUUGCCAGUGCUGUGACCGUCAAAGAUUCCAUAUGGAGUUCUUACAGUUUUAUAGUUUUCAUUACUUUCUUUUUAUUUCAUUGUCAAUUUUGUUUUUCAGUUCAGCUUAUGUGCAUUAGUUCGUUUCAGUUGGAUUGUAGUUGUUUUACCUGAACUUUUAUGACCACUCACAGUCAUGUACGUAGACAUGGUGCUCUUAAUUCAUACCAUCCUCAAUCCAGCUGUACAACAACUCAUAUUUCUGUAACAGAAACACAUUAUGUUAAUGCACAUUAUUGCACCAUAGAUAUCCUUCCUGUGUAUAUAUUUUAUAUUUACCUCAAUGCAAAUUUCAUAAUUGCUUUACUUACACUAUUUUAUUUCACUAUAUUUUUUAAAUUUGUUUAGUUUUAUCUUAUUUAAUUUUUAUUGUAUCUUUCUUUUUUAUCUGUGGUUCGCAAGAGUGUUUUUUUAUGUGCAACCAAGCAACUGUGACCAAGCAAUGAGUGAAUAAUGUCUAACAGACACGUCUACAAUACCUCCUCAUUGCACAAUAUCAUUCCAAUUAGUUUACUGAUAAACAGAAUUUGUUUAUGUAUAUAUUUAUUUGUUUGGUUGUUUGUCUAGGUUUUUAUCAUUAUAGCAGCUGAUAACAGUGUUGAUGUGGUUGUUUUUAUUUUCUGUUUUAGCUAAGUGUAUUAACCCUAGAUGGUGCUGAUGUAUUUCAUUCAGGGAAUUAUUAUUAUUUUUAAAAUAUAUAUUUUGGGGGCUUUUAGCCUUUGGUUUCCACCAAAUGAUCUGCAUGGGUAGACGGAAAAGGGCGAGUGCAGCAUCUGGACAGCAGGGGGCCCUCUUGUUUGUGAAAAGGCGGCGAGUGCGGAUCUCUCCUCUAGGGGGCAGCGUAGGGCAACAGACUGGAAUCCUCUCACAGACAAAUGGCGUCCUUCCAGUGCGAAGCAGCUGAUUUCAUACCGAGCGCGGCAGCGGGGACGGCGGAGAGGUAAACACGCCGCCCCCGGAUUCUUUUUUUUUUUUUUUUUUUUUUUUUCGUUGCAACGAGAUACCCUGUUUGCUUUUUGCAGGAUUUGCGUAGCAGGCUGACGGACUGGACGCUGCGCACUCGUCGCUGAUCGAGAGUGGACCGCUGUUCCGGUGUACAAACAAUCCCACUGUCAAGAUAAACAGACCGGAGAGUGUCAGCUGCUGCCCCGUGCUCCCCGCCGCUCCGCUCGUCUAUCUACGGCGCGCUUCGCUUCUCGUCGGCGGUUGUCGGUGUUGGUGCUUCACCAGGGCCCGGACUCAGGCGCUGCAGGCGGCAGUAGCGGGUCAAAUGUUUCCACCCCCGACGUUUCAGGGAUACAUAAUGAACAUGGGCAUCACCCCUUCAGAGAUAUCCACCUCCUCCUCCUCCUCCUCCUCCUCAUCGUCCGCCUGACUGGUUGUCCGCGUCCUCGUUAAUCCAAUUCAGGAGAUCAUCUUUUCAACCCUUCCUGAGGUUACACCAUCAAGACGGCGCUGUCUCAGAAAGCCAGCUCAGUGGCGGUCAAGAUGACGACGGCACGGUACCGUCCCACGUGGGAGCUGGCCGUGGACCCCCUGGUGUCAUGUAAGCUGUGCCUUGGAGAGUUCCCUCUGGAGCAGAUGACCACCAUCACACAGUGCCAAUGCGUCUUCUGCACACUGUGCCUGAAGCAGUAUGUGGAGCUCCUGAUUAAAGAAGGCCUUGAAACUGCAAUUAGCUGUCCAGACUCUGCCUGUCCCAAAAGAGGACACCUGCAGGAAAAUGAGAUUGAGUGCAUGGUGGCCACGGAGAUGAUGCAGAGAUACAAGAAGCUUCAGUUUGAAAGGGAGGUGCUGCUGGACCCGUGCCGGACAUGGUGCCCUUCCUCGACCUGUCAGGCAGUGUGCCAACUGAAGGAAGCGGACUCUCCAGCCCUGCCCCAGCUCGUCCAAUGUGCUGUGUGUGCUCUCGAGUUCUGCUCGGCCUGCAAGGCUAACUGGCACCCCGGGCAGGCCUGCCAGGAGAACAACCUGCCCAUUACCUCCUUCCUACCAGGAGAAAAUAGCUCUUUCUACAAAAAUGAAGAGGACGAUGCACCAAUCAAGCGUUGUCCCAAAUGUAAAGUUUACAUUGAGAGGGACGAGGGCUGUGCACAGAUGAUGUGCAAGAACUGCAAACAUGCCUUCUGCUGGUACUGUCUGGAGUCCUUGGACGAUGACUUUCUCCUGAUCCACUAUGACAAAGGACCCUGUCGAAACAAACUGGGCCACUCCAGGGCGUCUGUUAUCUGGCACAGAACACAGGUCGUGGGGAUCUUUGCUGGCUUCGGCCUGCUCCUGCUAGUUGCCUCCCCUUUCCUCCUCCUGGCCACCCCCAUCGUCCUCUGCUGCAAGUGCAAGUGCAGCAAAGGCGACGACGACCCGCUGCCAACCUAAACCCGCCAUCGGAAGUUGGAGCGGAGAGCCGCUUCAAGGAUGGUCCAUCUUUCUUUGUCCUUUUCACCCCUUUGCAUUCUUUUCCUCCCACCAGCUUCGAGAGCUUAAUUUUUUGGGGCUGAGCCUGCAGCAGCCCCAGCCGCUUUGGGAUCCAUCGCUCUGCAUGAGGGGAGGCAUGGCAGAAAAACGUUGGUCUGAAGAGAGGGCGCGUGGCCGCAGCUCGGACUUGUCGAGGGACCACAGUGUCCGUGGCGGUGGAUUGAGGGCGUGGAGGAUAACGCCACUUAGGACUGCGGUCAUUGGUGGGGCAUUAGAAAACAGAGGACAGAUCAUUUUAAGAAAUGCUCUCCUCCUGUACGAACUGUGUCGCGCAGGAGCCACCGUCGGAAAGAACUUUUGCUUUAUAGCUCUGUUUUGUCGGUUUGUCGUACGCAACAAAAAGCUUUCCCACCCCCUGACCACCACACCCGAUGUAGCUCUACAGAUUCAGUCAGUAGCAUAAUAGAGUUGCACCACGCAUGUUUGGUGUUCACUCGCCUUGCACAUAGAAACAUGAACCCUUUGACAUGUUUGCGGCUGAGGUAGAGGUGGGAGACUGUUGUCGCUCUCAGCUCGAUGUACAGCACGUCCUCUCGAUGAUGUCAAUGUUUUAUAAUCUUGCGCUUUUAAUAGAACCGUGCUCAGAGUAGUGUCUGUGUGUUGUACUUCGGAGUGUUUUCCAGUCGCUAGGCUGACAUAUUAAAGGGGAUUGCCACUCAAAUUUAAAAGAAAAGAAAGAUAACAUUUUUAUACCCCAAUGUUAUUUUUUUCGUUAUUGAUACUGUCUUCAGUGGAUUAUUUUACAUACGCCUUCAUUUAACUAUUUCAUUACUUACAGAUCUUGACAUUCAUUUCCCAAGCAGAGUGGUGCUCCCCUUUAAUGUGAGCGUUUAUUUAAUCCUAAGGACCUUGUAUCCACAUGCUGUGGAACCAUUUUAAUACUUCACCAAAAGAGAUGUCACUCCUCUAACUCUCAGUCCCUAGGUGGUGGUUUAGCCAAAUAGAAAUUAAUAGCCUUAAAUUGAGAAGGGCCAAAAUCAGGCAUUUCCCUGGAAAAAAAAAAAAAAAAAAAAAAUGUCAAAAGUCAAAUCCUAAUAAUCCCAGGGAAAGCAGAAGCAUUUUAAAGCAUUACAGUCAGUCGGUGAAGCCCUUUAUAUCCAGAUGAUUCUAUGAUGUCAUCCAUAUACCACUCUGUUAAUAGCCAUAAAGUAAAGAAAAAAAAAACGUACAACGUAAAGUGAUGUUCUUUGUGACCUGGGGCCUGUAUUUUCCAGGCCUCUUUUAAGCGGGAGAACUGAUCGGCAACAACAUCGUCCUGUUCGAUCCAGAGCUCAACUCAGAUCAGAUCUCGCUUUUUUUUCUGAGACGUAACAAAAUCCCCUUUGGCCAAAAUUGCAAACUUGCAUAUGUUAGUGGUCCAUGUUUUGUUUAGUUAGACCUCCAACAACAAGCAGCUAUUCCUUGCAGGGACAUCAGAGAAAAAAAAAAAAAGCCUAUAGAAUAAAUAUAAAAGAAUGUUCAACUUUUGGACACACGAGUAUUAAGCUGCUCUGUACUAUAUCACUUUAUCUAUGCAAGUUUGUACAUUAGCAUUGUUACAAGGUUAUCCACUGGUCAUGAGAAGUCAUGAGAAGGAUUACGUCUCGAGAGCUUCAGAAUGUCACAACACGCGCGCAUAUCAUGGCUUUAAUUUAACCGGGGAGGUGUUCACUCUAUUGGAGCUAUUUUUAAGGUUUGCACGACAGGAUUUAGUUCUCUAAAAUUUCUUUUGAAAGUUAAGCGGUUUUCCAAAAACAGUCUUUGAUUAAGAGGGAAGGAAAAAAGUGAUAAUUUUUUAACAGAUUUUUUCAGAAAUGUUUAAUUCGGUGAGAUCAUUCCCACCAUUUCCGGUCAUUUGCAAGAUUUGCAACCAAGCAUUUCCUUCGACAAGCCAUUUACUUUAUCAGUUCGCUUCUGGUGUCAUUCAAGAGCGGAGUUCAUGUAGCAUUUCAUGAGAAGUGUUACCGAGAGAUCUGAAGUUAACCAGAGUAGCUAAUCCAAAUUAAACAGUAGCUAAUCAUCUGAUCCUGUCUUCAUAAAUACAGCUCUGAUAUUCACUAUAACAAUCCUCAUUAGUAGCCUUAUUAUUAUUAUUUUUUAAGUACAUUUCUUGUAGCUUGUGUUGCUAUCACUGACCUCACCUCCUUUAUGAUGAGCACGAUCAUUUAAUAUGAAAGCCAGUUCCAUUUCCUACCUUUCUGAGGUACCCCGCGAACUCCUGAUGCUUUAGUUGUUUUUAUGACAAUCGUGCCAAGCAGAUUUUUCCUGGAAGGGAUGUGGAAACUGAGCUGUUUAAAGUACGUGCAUUUUGACCAGUCCAUCCGUAUUUGUAAUGUAUUAACGGUUUUUAACAGGGCGGGAAAAUAUUUGAAUGCUUCUUUAUGUAAGCGCUGCACUGUACGUGGGUUUUAAUUGUUUUACUUCUCGGUGGGGUCUGUGACGUGCGUGGCAUGGUGUUUUAAUGGAACGGAAACUGGGCUUUUCAGAGGGUUUUCCCACUUCAAUGCGUCAGGGUCUGAUAUCGCCUGGAAAAGUUCGCCCAGAAUAUUCACUUAAAGUCCCGAAGGAGGUUCAAACUGACAAACCGUUGCCACUCCUGUUUUUUUUUUUUUUUUUUUCUUGAUUACUCGUUCAUUUGCUGACACAGCUGGACAGCUACAGACCGUAUUAUGCAACAAACACAAGGGCCAAACGCUACAACCACUGCUCUGUCACAUUGCAUAAUAAGUCUUUUUGACCUAUAAAAUAUAACUGCUUCACAUACGUCAUCAGCACGGGUAUUGGGGGAAAAAGAAUGAUCUCUGGUUAUAAUGAUAUUAGUUUGUAUUCCAAGCGCUCAGCAUCUACUAUCCUAAGAUCCGGUUUGGUUACGUGCAGCGAUUUAUAUUUUAUAACUUGUUGUGUCAAGAGAUGAAGCUGCAUGAUUUUUCUCUGACAUGUUAAAUAUUCUAAUACUGUAGCCUCUAAAGAUCUUCGGAACGGUAGCAUCGAUGAACGCGUCAUCCAGCUUCUGUUCUGUUUUCCCCUUUUGUUAAGAAAAUAAAAAAAUAUAUGACGUUCAGCCCUAUGAUACAGUGUCGAUCAGCCGUCCAACAUCCAGUAGACGGGCUUUCUUGUGUCUGUUUUUGUUGAUUUAUUUGUUUGUUUUUUGUUUCUUUUUUUUUUCUUUUUUUACACCCAUGUUACAUCAUAGUUUAUGUAUUUGUAUUAACUGUUAAAUGAGCGGAACUCUUCAGACCUGAUUGAUCAGUGAACGACAAUUACCAGUCACCUCAGUAGACGGAUUGUUUCCAAAAGGAACUGCUGUCCAUACUCGAAGACUUUUUAUUUAGAGAUGGUAAACAGCAUCUCUGGUUGAGUCGCUAGUUGAGAGGUAACUGACCUUGGAAGAUAUCAGCAUUGUAAAAUGGCAUAUUUGAAUCAGCUCUGUACAACGUUAGACUCAGCAUCUCAGUAUAUCUACAGUUCCACUAACACUGUGACACCCGGUAUUAAAGGUUGUUGUUUUUUGUGA